GUUACCUCCUUCCCUCCCCUCCCUUGCUGGAGACAGGAGCAUCUAGCAGUGAGAUGGAGACAAAGGUCACACAAUUCCCAGGGGGCCAGGACAGCCCACUCUCAGCUGCAAGAGUUCCAGGGACAGACCGAGACGGGAAGAUGGGAACCACACAAGAUGCGGGAGGAAAGACGUUAGAUCUUGGACUUCUUCCUGAGGAAGCCAACCCUUCUGAAGAUCCUGAGGAUCCUGAGAGAGCCUCCUGGGCAGAUACCGCCAGCACUUUAGCCCUGUGUGGCUCACGCCCCAUGCGUAAGCGUCUCUCUGCCCCAGAGCUGCAACUGAAUCUGACUACGGAUACUGGAGGCCAUGGAGCUUCUCCCACUCCCUUCGUACCUUCCUCUCCUGAUGGCAGUUCCGACCUGGAGGUGGAUGAGUUGGAGACACCUUCAGACUCGGAGCAGCUGGACAGUGGACAUGAAUUUGAAUGGGAAGAUGAGCUGCCCCGUGCAGAGGGUCUGGGGGCCAGUGAGGCAGCAGAAAGGCUGGGCCGGGGCUGUAUGUGGGAUGUGGCUGGAGAAGAUGGUCAUCACUGGAGGGUGUUCCGAAUAGGACAGCGAGAGCAGAGAGUGGACAUGACUGUCAUUGAGCCCUACAAGAAAGUCCUUUCUCAUGGAGGUUACCAUGGUGAUGGCCUCAAUGCUGUCAUUGUCUUUGCUUCCUGUUAUCUCCCCAGCAGCAGCGUUCCCAACUACACCUAUGUCAUGGAGCACUUGUUCAGGUAUAUGGUGGGCACUCUGGAGCUGCUGGUAGCUGAGAACUACCUGCUUGUCCACUUGAGUGGAGGCACAAGCAGGGCCCAGGUCCCAGCUCUCGGCUGGAUGCGCCAGUGCUACCACGCUCUGGACCGCCGGCUCCGGAAACACCUGCGCGCCCUGGUGGUUGUCCACGCGGCCUGGUAUGUGAAGGCUCUCCUGGCGCUGCUGCGACCCUUCAUCAGUUCCAAGUUCACACGAAAGAUCCGUUUUCUGAACAGCCUGGGAGAGCUGGCCCAACUCAUCUCCUUGGAUCAGGUUCACAUCCCUGAAGCUGUCAGACAGCUGGACCGGGAUCUCCAUGGCUCUGGAGGGACCUAGUCUAAGACAGCAACCCAGGACCCUAGAACCAAGCAAAGAUAUUGAUCUGCCCCUGCCCUACCUGGAAACAGCCUGCCGCUUCCUGAACCUCCUCAUCCCCAAUCCCAGUGCCACAGGACCUUCCCUGUCAUUGGGGUGUCGUUCCUCUCAUAACCCUGUCUUCCACGCAGGGCUCCGAGGUCCGGCACCUGAUGUGCCUGGGGGAUCAUCACUUCAGCUGUAGGGGUACAUGCAGGGGUGUCUUGUAAGGGAAAGGGCAAGGCUGUAGAUGUUAGUCCUGCUCGAGCUGCAGAACCAAAGGCUCAGAACUGUGUCUCCUUGAGUGUCGCGUUCCUCCCCCGUAAAUGGGAGCCUCUGGUGGUCUGUGACUCUCAGGAUUGGUGGAGGGGUGGGCGGAGCCAACUGACCACUGCGAGCCGGCAGCUGGCACCCAGGAGUCCGCUCCCUCAAUAUGGAAGAACUGCUGCUUCCUUUCUCGUGAUGUCUGCUGCCGGUGAGCCUGGGAAGGAGUGCUUUCACAGCCCGUAGUUUCGACCUCUUGAGUCAAUCCAGAUCUGUGUCGGGUCAAUAAACUGCUGCGGGAUUUCAGCCCCGCUGGGCCUUACAUCACAAUGCGUCUGUUGGCUCAUUCUGGCUGCAGUGGUCC